UGAACGUCACGUGUUUGUCUGAAAAGAAUUGUAGUUCAAUAACAGAACCAAUGCGUUAAAAUGUGGCUUUAGAAACUACAUUACCCAAUAGUGGGUUGAGGUCAUUUCCGUUUUUUUGAUUUUGCUAGUCAGAAGUCACUCAAAAAGGAUUAGCUAGCAGCUCAAACAGCUUAUGUGGCUAUUAAAACUCUACGAGAUACUUUGAGCAUCGCUGACACAUUGAGGUACAUAGCUGAAUCCCCCCAGCUGUUGCCAUGGCAAUCCUGUUUGCUGUGGUGGCUCGUGGAACCACUAUUCUGGCGAAGCAUGCUUGGUGCGGUGGGAACUUCCUGGAAGUCACAGAGCAGAUUUUGGCCAAAAUUCCUUCAGAGAACAACAAGCUGACCUACAGCCACGGCAGCUAUCUCUUUCAUUACAUCUGCCAUGACAGAAUCAUAUACCUGUGCAUUACUGAUGAUGACUUUGAGAGAUCACGUGCGUUCAGCUUCCUCAGUGAAGUCAAGAAGCGUUUCCAAACGACGUACGGCUCCCGAGCUCAAACAGCUCUACCCUACGCCAUGAACAGCGAGUUCUCCUCAACACUAGCAGCUCAGAUGAAACACCACUCAGACCCCCGGGCAUCAGAUCGAGUCACAGAGACUCAGAUGCAUGUUGAUGACCUGAAAGGCAUUAUGGUCCGCAACAUAGACUUGGUCGCUCAGAGAGGAGAGAAGCUGGAGUUGCUGAUUGACAAGACGGAAAACCUGGUUGAUGCUUCAGUCACGUUUAAAACCACGAGUCGGAACCUUGCUCGGGCCAUGUGUAUGAAGAACCUCAAGCUGACGUGUGUUAUUGUACUGGUGUGCCUGGUGAUCAUCUACAUCAUUGUUUCUGCUUCCUGUGGAGGACUCAGCUGGCCCUCGUGUGUCAAGAAAUGAGAGGGGAGUGGGGAGAAAAGAGGGGCACAAGUGCCGGUUCAGCUUUGCUUGCCAGUGGACAAAAGGAAAUUAAACAUUCUUUCCUUUCUCCUCUUUUCUUCAAAAAUUCUGAAAGAUAUGUGCUUUUUUUCCUCCUCUAUCUUCAUUCUCAUUUUGAAUGACGUCUGCACAUUUAUUUCCUUCUGGACCGGGAGUUCAUCUUUAUACCUAAACUUGUGAACAGCUCCUACAUGGCCCGAAACUGAUGUGGAAGAAUAAAUCUCGUCUUUUUGUUCACCUGGUACGUUGAUCCAGCGUCUUGGUGACCUGAUGAUCAGAUUGUGAUACUGUCUUGCACCCAUCUGUGUAAAUAGUCCAGUCAAACGUUAUUGUUCUGAUUUAUUUUGAUGCCAUCCAUAACAGAGCCUGCAUGCGUCGGUAGCAUCUGCUGCAGGUCGGUCAGGAAGUACACAGUGUCUGGUCCUGGGUUGUACAGCUGAAAGCUUUUUUUUUUUUUUUUUGAAUAAUUUAAUGCAGUUCACAUGUUUUCUGAAUUAGCUUUAACACAUAAAAUAAAUGUUAAAAGACAGAGUUGAUCAUACAAAUAAAUGUAUAUCUGAUAUUACUGACACUUGAGGAUUAUUUUAAAGCAACUCCGAUCUUGUGAAAGAAUUGGACCUUGUCCUGGCUGUGAACCUGAUGAAAGGUUUCCCUUUGAUCUUUUACGGGAUGUUCAGCGUUGCCAUCUUUUUCACUUAACACGAUGCACUUUUCAUAUUGUAUAUACAUUGUUUACUGGCAUCGUAAAACAUGGUUAUAUGAUAUUUAAUUGUUGUACAUUCAGAUUUAAAUUAAUAAACUGAUCACAUAUA